AUGCACGCAUUCCCCGGCGACGAACCGCACGAUCCCCCAUUCCCAUACGACAUAAUGAUCCAUCCCCGCGCGGACUCCCGCAGCCUCCUCCACGAGUUGCUCGGGGGAGACGUAGCCAUGCCGUCUCCGGAGGAGUUCGAACAAGAAAUGGAGGAAUUCCUCUCCGACUGCACCGACGGAGGCUAUUCGCACACCCUCCCCGACUUUGAUCCACACGCGUUCAGCGCGAUCGACUGGACCGCUGCACUUGCUCCCUCCGUCCCACACCCGGCGGUAUCACCGCCUGCCACGGUGGUCUCGGAAGACGCCAACUGGGCGCCUCUCUCUCCCGUCUCCGACACAACCCUCGUGAGCGACUUCUCGCCGUCGCUUGCGAAGGACUGGGUCUCCUCUGGCGACCCCUAUGGCUCUCCGAACUAUGGGACAACUGGCCUCGCUGCCACGCCAUUCGCCCCCGACGUGCACGAUGGGUUCGAUUUCGCGUUCGAAUUUGCGGUCCCGUCUCGGAACGACGACCACAAUGGCGACGGCCUUGGGGCGAAGAUGGACUUCGAUCCCUUCUCCUCGUACGAUGAUCUUCUCUCUCCGCGAUCCCCCACGCCCUAUCCGGAGCAGUCACAGUCUUCCGCCUCUCCCGUGUCCAUCAAACGCUCCUUCAGUGUCGCGAGCUCCUCGAGCGCCGAGAGCACCACGGAGAGCGACGAAGUCAUCGUCGAGAAGAAGCCCGCCAAGCGCAAGCGACGCGAGGACACCACCCGGCAGUUCCCCUGCCCCUACAAAGGCUGCACCGCACCAGACUUCGCGCGCAGCCACAACCUCAAAGUGCACAUCGCGUCCGUGCACAACAAGGAGCGUUCGUUCGUGUGCGAGGUCGCGAGCUGCGCGCAGGCGUUCGGGCGCAAGCACGACCUCGUCCGGCACUUCCAGAGCAAGCACACGAACCUCGGCUCGCCACGCAGCAAGGCCGCCGCCUCCGCGAAGUCCAAGUCCAAGGCGAAGACGAAGCAGAAGUAGCGCACCACUGAGGUUGCGAUCUGGCACCCCAGAAUCGCGAGCAGCAGCAGCAUACUCUUUCUCGAGUCGUGCGCCCGCACUGAGCGCGCAGCGUACACCUGUACGCGCUGCGCGCUCGCCUUGGCGUGCGACUCUCAAGAGGGCGGGUAUGUGGCUGGUGUUGGGGAGGAUCGCGCGUGCGUCGCUCGGCGGGGUCGACUUUCCUGCGGCAGCGGGGGAGACGCCCUGUCAGGGACGUAUGCGCGUCGGGUUUGUGGACUGGAGCCUUGGUUUGUGUCUCGGUGUAUGCUUCUCGUCAUAUCUUUCUUGGCUUUUAGUUUGGUUGUCUUUCGUCCCCAACGUUGUCUGUCGCGUCGUGUACGAUAUUCGCUCCCGUCCGCCUGUUGUAUCUCAUUACUUGCCCC